GUAUCUAUCAACAAAAUACAAAGGAAGGGUGGGAUCUCACCGAAUUUACCUCAGUUUGUUUAGGGCUUUUUUUUUCCGGUGAAUCGAGAUAAUUUUGACCUAUUCUGGAGAUUAUUCAGGAAUUUUUUUGUAUUCACAGAGGGGAAUGGCGGCCAGUGAAGAGGCUUUUGAUGUAAUUAUCGGGCAUAUCGAGGAUAUUCUCAUGGAGCCAAAGUUCCAGGAAACGCAACAAUACUUUUUGGAAAAAUAUUGGAGAGAGUUUGACUCCAUUGAGGAGAAUAAACUCGUUUAUAUGGAUAUCUUUGAAGAAUAUCACAAAGCUAUAGAAUCGUACAUUGAGGAGAGCUUGAAGAGGAUUAUUCCAGGGUUCUCCAUGGAGUCCCUUGUAAAACAGCUCAGUGAUCGCAGUCCCGAGUUGGAUGGAGAAGUCUUUGAAAUUCUAGAAACCUUCACCGAUUUUUUGGCCUUCAAGGAGAUGAUUCUGGAUUACAGGGCGAUGAAAGAGGGGAAAGUGCAGGAUCUCAGCAGUGGUAUUUCCAUCACUCCAAUGAGAUUCUCAGAAUCAGACGACAAUGAAGGAUAAAAAAUCUGUAGAAUUGUUUCGAAAACUUAAAAGCUUCGUCCACACAUUAUCACGUAUGAAUAAUUUAUAAGUGAUCUCAGGUGAUCAGAGAAUGGGGCUAAAUGAGCCCUUGAAAAAUUCCAUAAAAAAUUAAAUACUCAUUCUUUAUAAUUAAUAGUACAAAACGAACUCAAUAAAAGCACACACUUAUGAA